AUGUACCUACUGGUGAGAUUGUCUCAGCAUGUUAUGUCGGCACAGGACACCGGAUCAUUUUUGUCGAUGACUUUUGCAUCGGCUUUGGUGCAAGUUAAAAGAUCUUUUGAUAAAUUUAUGCAGCUACAGCAGCAGUCUAUUUUAAAAGACACUAAAGUUAAUCGGAGGAAUAAGUGUGGGAUAUUGCCUUAUGUUGCUAAUUUUGGGUCCUUUGCUAGAAUUACAGAUAAGAUAUUCAAAAAUUCAGAUCGAAAAGUUGACUUGGAAAAAUCUUAUACUAAAUUAGUUGCGACUAUUCCUGUGAUGAAGCAGCUGAAUGGGCCUGCGGUUGUUCCCAAGAGGAGCUUUAGGUGUUUCUUUGGUGCCCUGCAUUAG